UUCCAUCCACCUAUUCAGUCGAACACAGCCUCCUCCUACUCCGUUUUUCUCUCUUAUGCUAACAUUUAUCCAAGUGGAAUCACGAAAUACGAAGAGUCUUGGUUAACUAUCACGGGCCGAGACAUAUCAUACACUCUACUCUCUUAGGUACUUGGCAACACGGUCAGAACACACAAUGUUUACUCGUAAGAGGCUUGCCUUGCGCAGACGCCACCACUUCCGCUCUAGUCAGUGCUAGUUUUCGUUUUAUACACAAUGAACUUGCUACAUUCCAGACCCCUUUCAUGUCGAGUGACAAUAUGGGAGGAUCCGUUUCGGAUAUUGUCGUAAUAAGCAUAGACAGAUGCUAGAGCCUAAAAAACGUGGUUCAUGGGAAUACGUACAUACAUAUCCCCAGCUACAGCCCCUUCGACGAUCGGUAUCCUUCGAAGACAGGGGACGCAACAUGAUCUUCGUUGGAACCGGUCCGUGACCACCACAGCUUCAGAUGGAUAAACGGGAACGACUCGGCUCACUGCUCGCUCUAUUCACUUACCGGACCAAGUAGGUAUGCUCAGGGGUUUGGGUUGCUAGUCGAAGUCGAAAAUCGUUGCUUCGAGGUCGCGAAUAGCUUUCCUAUCCAAAACACCUUCACUUCUUUCAUUCACCUCAUUGCCGGACAAUGAAUGGUUAUGCGGUUUCAAGGGCCUCGCUCUCCCACGAGGAGAAGCUAUCUCUCAUUGAUGAUAGAUCACUGUCAGACGUAGAAAGCGAGAGUGCUCGUAUAGAUCUCGAGGGUCGCUUCUCAUCCAUACAAUGGGCCUCUACAGCAAAGACAUAUUGCAACGGCCUACGAUUAUCAUCAUGGGCCUCGUCGAUUCUAAAAACAGGCAUAUUUUUAUUACCUAGUUUUCUUCACCCACGAACUGCCCGAGAACGAUUUCGGCCAGAAAAGCUUCACCCGACGGCAUACCUCGAUGGAAUGCGAGGCCUAGCCGCACUAUUCGUCUUCUUUUGCCAUUACUUUUACACGGCCUUCUUGAUAGCAGAAGGCUGGGGCCGCAACGACGCCAACUACGAAAUAUGGAGGCUACCAUUCGUCCGAUUACUCUACAGCGGGCCGUCCAUGGUCUGCAUCUUUUUUGUCAUAUCAGGGUACGCCCUAUCCCUAAAGCCCUUGAAACAGGCACGAAGUCGCUCUUUUGAUGGUUUAUCGCAAACCAUGUCAUCAUUCAUUUUCCGAAGAUUCUUUCGCUUAUACCUACCGCCUUUGAUUUCCACAUUCGGUGUAUUAAUCUUGCUUCGUUUCGGCAUCUACGAGAGGACUAGGGAUUUCGCCAACGACCGGAAAUACAUUCACAAUGUCAUGGAACAUCAUCCCGUUCUGGAAGAGACUUUCCGGAAACAAUUUUGGCACUGGGUCCGUGAGAUGAACGACUUUAUCCAUAUUUGGGGAUGGGAGAAGUUUGGAGGCGCGACGGGUUAUGAUGUGCACCUAUGGACAAUCCCGGUGGAAUUCCGGUGUUCAAUGCUACUCUUCCUCAUAACCUUGGGUACCUCUAGAUUACGGACCCGCGUGCGGUUCAUAUGCAUUGCUUUCCUUAUGUGGUAUACUAUUCGCAACGAUCGAUGGGAAAUGGUUCUAUUCCUCUGGGGCUUCAUGCUCGCCGAAUUGGACAUCAUCCGAGGCGCCCACGACCCGAAUACAUCGCAAUCAUCAUCUACUCCCGCAACAUUACUUCCUCUCGAAAAGACGCCACCUACAGCUCCCCAGAAACGGGGCUCAUGUAAUUUCCUUUGGACUCUUAUCUCCAUUCCAGCUCUUUACCUUAUGUCUGCCCCGGACGCCGGUCCGGAUGGUGUUCCGGGGUGGGUGUAUCUCGGGACCUACAUACCGGAAUGGUUCUCCGACAAGUACCGAUAUUACCAAAUGAUCGGCUCGAUUAUCUUCGUCUUCUGCACCGCGCGAUCCACAUCCUGGCAACGCGCUUUCAACUCCCCUAUAGUUCAGUACUUCGGUCGUAUCAGCUAUGCUCUGUAUCUUAUGCACGGUCCCGUUAUGCACACAAUCGGUUACCAAGUCCAGAAACGAGCGUGGAAUUUCACGGGUACCGAGGGUUGUGCGUAUAAUUGGGGCGCGGUGCUUGCGUGUAUGUUUAAUAUCCCGCUUGUUAUCUGGGUUGCGGAUGUUUUUUGGAGAGCGGUGGAUGCGCCCACGGUUAAGUUCGCAAAGGGGCUUGAGGCGUGGGUUAGUAUUGAUGAGUAAGGGGAACCUA